AUGGACUCUUCGUCUGGGAGCAGAACUCGUGUCAUUGUUGCCCUAGAUUUUGGGACUACUUUCUCAGGAAUUUCGUAUGCGCUACUGACGAACAAUGGAGCCAAGUCAUUCUCUUGGAGAUCCGACGGCGGAUGGUUACAGAAAACCCCUACGCGGAUCGAGCUUUCUAAAACUACUAUCGAAUGGUUUAAGCUUAGCUUACUCCACCGUGAUGAUCUACCAUCAGAUGUGAGGAACUCACGCAAGUUUGAGGAAUUAACCAAAGCCCGUGAGGCAAUCAAUGUCACGGCCAUCAAUGCAACAGCACGCUACCUUGGCGAAAUCUGGAAAGUCUUUCUCGGGGAGCUUCAGAAGGACAUCCGCCACCCUGACAUCCAGGUAUCCGUCACAGUCCCUGUGCUUUGGCCACUCUAUGCUCGUCAAGCCAUGGAAGAAGCCCUGAAUCGAGCAGGGAUUCUGAACGAGAAUGUAGUUCUGGCGCCUAAAUUCCUUAUUGAGCCAGAGGCUGCGGCUCUGGCUUUCUUUUCGAAUGCACACUACUUCGAUACAAACAUCUCCAAACUCAAACCCGGAGAGACAGUCAUGGUCUGCGACUGUGGCGGCGGUACCGUCGACACUGCCGCCUAUAAAAUCCGCUCUAUUCACCCCUUCCGCGUCGAUGAAAUCCGCACUGGCCAAUGUAUCUUUGCAGGAGCUUGCCUGCUAGAUGAUGGAUUCAUGAAACUUCUAAAGGAGAAGGUCGAGACGAUUAUCUCUCCCCAGGCGUUCAAAGCCCUGACAGAUAAAGAUCUCUACUACAUAACCUCCGAUAGAUGGGAGACUCUUAUAAGACGGCGCUUCGGAGACAACUUCCCUACCCAGAAGAUCUAUCUGCCAUUCAAGUGGGCUGCGAGCCGCCAGAGAAGAAUGCCCAUUGGGCAAGGCGAUGACGUUACAUUCACCCAUGAUGAUCUUGCUUCGAUCUUUGACCCCAUUGUGGGAAAGAUUACACAACUGAUCGAGGAGGAGAUGCUGGGGAUUUCAGCCAAUCUUUCAAAGGACGUGUCGUACCUCGUUGUGGCCGGAGGUUUCGGGCAGAAUGCCUACCUGCGACAGAAAGUCGCAGAGACUGUGGCCAGAGUUUCUCCCACCACGACCAUCCUCGACUAUCCAAAGAGAGAGGGUUGGAAUGCAGUGUCCAUGGGAGCCGUUACCAAGGUUCUCCAAGAGCAGGCGUUUCAGCAACCGGCCUUAGUAACCUCCAGGAUCGUCAGAGCUGGCUGGGGAGUUCGCGCCAGCCACGGGAACUCAAUCAUCUGGCUCGUCAAAGAAAACGAAUCUCUUGACGCUACCCAACCGAAUCUACGAAACAUACCCGCCGAAGCUCUUUCGGCAGAGUAUCACACCGGCGGAGACGUUUUUGGUAUUCGCGUCUGCCGCACAGACCCGCGGAAGAAUGGAGGCCAAGGCUAUCGAAAUGUCUGUCAGCUCAGAUGGAAGCCUGACACGGAUGCCGACCUCAAGGCGCCGCUGCAGAUCGACCUGAUAUGGGACGGGUCAGAGAUGGAAUUCUCGCUGUAUUGCGGUGGGGUUCAGCAGAGCUCUGUGGACAUUGAGUACUGCUGGAACAUCUGA